AUGAAGUUGCUGAUUAUGAUGUGCCUAACCAGCCUCAAUUUGAGCAACAGAGGCUUUUGUAUCUUCUGCCUGACGGUGCCGGAUGAAGGCGCGUUUGCCUUGAGUUGCCGCGGUCGGAUAGUCUCUACGGUUCAGCGAGAAGUGUUUAGCCUCAUGGUGGUUUGUCUUCGGGCUUCGUCUGCUUCGCCGCCGAAGAAUGUGUUCCACGCUCCACUUGAGUGGUCCACCACGACGUCCAGUGCCUAUCGCCCAGAACGCUGCCUUGAGAGACAAUCAGACGCCAGAGUCUGA